CCCAGGUUUGGACUUCCCCAAAACUCCUUUCACAGGGACCAGCGCCACUUGCUAAUGUGACAAAAACCAGCUCCUUUUCCUCCCACCGCAGUGACUUUUGCUGGGAGUGGAGUGGUGGGCCCGGCCGGCCUCGUCUCUUAUCAAUGCCGCCCUUGGCAGGAUCCGAGGACCGGUGGCAGCCAUGCCUCCCCCUGCCCCAGCCGCUCCUUCCCCCCGGCGCUAACCUGCACGGUGUGGGUGCCCUCCGGACCCCCGAGGACUGAUCGUCUGACCUUGCUUCACACCCCCCAGUAACAACUCCCCCAAGAUGUCCCUCGAGUGGCUGGUGGCCUGGGGCUGGUCGCUGGACGGCCUGCGGGACUGCAUCGCCACCGGCAUCCAGUCCGUGCGGGACUGUGACACCACCGCCGUCGUCACGGUGGCCUGCCUGCUGGUCCUGUUCGUGUGGUACUGUUAUCACGUGGGCAGGGAGCAGCCCCGGCCCUACGUGUCCGUCAACUCCCUCAUGCAGGCCGCGGAUGCCAACGGGCUGCAGAACGGCUAUGUGUACUGCCAGUCCCCCGAGUGCGUGCGCUGCGCCCACAACGAGGGCCUCAACCAGAAGCUCUACCACAACCUGCAGGAGUACGCCAAGCGGUACUCCUGGUCCGGCAUGGGCCGCAUCCACAAGGGCAUCCGCGAGCAGGGCCGGUACCUCAACAGCCGGCCCUCCAUCCAGAAGCCCGAGGUCUUCUUCCUGCCUGACCUCCCCACCACGCCGUACUUCUCCCGGGACGCGCAGAAACACGACGUGGAACUGCUGGAACGGAGCUUCCAGACCAUCCUGUGUGAGUUUGAGACCCUCUACAAAGCCUUCUCCAACUGCAGCCUCCCACAGGGCUGGAAAAUGAACAGCACCCCCAGCGGGGAGUGGUUCACCUAUUACUUGGUCAACCAGGGGGUGUGCGUCCCCAGGAACUGCAGGAAGUGCCCACGGACGUACCGCUUGCUCGGAAGUCUUCGGACCUGUAUUGGGAACAAUGUUUUUGGGAAUGCGUGCAUCUCCGUGCUGAGCCCCGGAACUGUGAUAACGGAGCACUAUGGACCCACCAACAUCCGCAUCCGGUGCCAUUUAGGUCUGAAAACUCCAAAUGGCUGUGAGCUGGUGGUGGGGGGAGAGCCCCAGUGUUGGGCAGAAGGACGCUGCCUCCUCUUCGAUGACUCCUUCCUGCACACCGCGUUCCACGAAGGCUCAGCAGAGGACGGCCCACGGGUGGUUUUCAUGGUGGAUUUGUGGCAUCCAAACGUCGCGGCGGCCGAACGGCAGGCCCUUGAUUUCAUCUUCGCCCCAGGACGAUGAGAGUGUUUCCCGUGCGGGGGUCGGGAGAGGGGCCGCGGUGAGCUGGACACACUGUGGCCCCAUCCAGCCUACGCCUGUGUCACAAUUCCACGCUCAGAAACCUGCCUCGAUGGAAAGCUCUUAUUUGGGUAUUUGGGAUUUUUAUAUCCUGUCGGAUCCCUCCUUCCUUUGGUUAUUGUAAAUGGAAACUUUUCAGCUUGUAUUUCCUUAGGUUUUUUUUUUUUUUCCUUCCAAUCAUUUGCUUCUGAGAUUUUUUUCUGGCCUAUUAGCGCAUUCCUUUGACUCUGUGACCAGAGACCCAGUGCCCUUGUAAGUCUGCGUCUCGUUGCUACUUGUGUUUUCGAGUGCUCUGAAAUACAGUAACCGAAUGGUUAUUUGUCUGAAUGUAAUAACGUAGAACUUCUCGUGGUCAUCGUAAGAGAAAAAAAACUAAAAACUGCAAACCAGAGAGCUGCAGAACUUGGCCUCUGAUGUUGGCACCCAGGGGACCCUGCAGCCACUCCAGGGCAGGGGGACAGUCUGCAGCCCCCGCACCCGGCGGCUUCAGUAGCAGGUGGAGAAGCUGCCAGACAUGGUCAGGGUGGUGCACGGCGUCCAGGCCCAGGGAAACUGUCACCAUCGCUUACCUCGCCCCAACCCCUGUCAGGUCCCUGAUGGCAACGGCAUUCGGCCAGUGGGACUGGAGGCUGUCCUUGCAACCCGGCUUUCCUACAGGGCCGAAGCUGGUGUCCCCAAGAGCCAAGCUGCAGCUCGCACAGAGCAGCCACGAAAUGUGUAAUCCGCUUACCUCACUGCCUACAGAAGCCCUACUGCCAAACCAGGCCUGGAAAAUUCCCAGUUUUCGUUGUUUUGAGUCCAUGGCGACGAACAUUAAGACCACCAGGUUGGCUGGUAAGAGCCGAGGUGGGAUAAGACCUCCCUCAUCCAGUGACGUCCUGGGAAAACCUUUCUUUGGCAAAACUGGAAUCAAAGAUCUGGCCAAAGUGUGUCUGUUUUGCUUUGGAGUUCUGUUGCCUAUGGUUUUUUUUUUUUUUUCCCAUUUAUUUGUACAUAAAUGUUCAAACACUAGACACAGAGAUAGGGGAAGAGUCGUGUGUCUUUGUCAUUGCACAAAGGUAUGCGUGGAGUGGCAGUGACCCAAGCCAGUGUGCGUUAGUGAGGACACAGGGAAGACCUCCAAACCCAAAGGACCCACGAUCGCUGCGCUGGCUUUCCGGUCUCCCGUGAAGAACACGCAGACCUCUUCCCAAAGGAAAAGGCCAGGAAGCCAGUGUCAGGCACUCAGCCUAGAAGCAGCCUCUGCUAACUGACACGUGAAAGCGUAGCCGGCCAGCCGUACUAGAGCUGCCUUUUUUGGAAUAAUGUAUCGUGGGCAGUGUCAGAUUUACAAAGCCAGGGAGUGGUCUGCAAUAUACCUGGUCACAGGUUUAGGUCCAAUGUUUAUAUCAGAAUGGAGACCAGCAGCUUCUAGAAGGUACAGCUGUCUGAAGGAAACACAGUCUGAAAUGCACUAGGUAGUAACUAGCAAGUGUGCAAAGAGAACAUGUCUACGUUCGAGCAAAACGUCUGCACAGAUACUUGUCAGUGAUGAGAAUGCAGGAAAAGGCAGAAAUUUCAAAUACAGCCGAAGGUCUUUUUACUAAUUAAUUAUCUUGUUAGAGAAUCACUGAGGUGCAUGAUUUCUAUACAUCCUGACUGCUCUACGUUUACAAAACCAACAGCCCACGCAGGUACCUGGCUACCUGUAUUCAUGGGACGUGGUUGGGGAUCGGAAGAUAAAUAAAGGAUCUUGCUGAAAACC